UUUGUGCUUCUCGGUCUGAAUUGAAYGAUUGCUGCCACGUCCUAGAAUAUAGCUGGUGGGUUUUCAUAUUAAAAAGGUAGUUUCAACAUAAUAUUUUUUUGCCUAAUGAUAGGCUAUUCUGCGCGUGGAUGACAUUCAGAUCAAAAAGGUCCAUAGACGUACAACUCAAGUUAAAUAAUGUAUCUGUAAAAACAUUUUUGAGAUUGUAUUACAAUCAGAAAAGUGUAAAAUAAGAUGUUUUUAACAGGCUAAUUCGAGUGAUUGCGCAGGUGAUGCUGCAGCCAACUUGGUCCAUCGAGGGGCUUUGAGUGCACAGAAAAAAACACUGGAUGRGGGACGUCCCAGCGAAUGUCGGUGUUUAAAUACAAAAGAACACUCCGUCCUCUCGCAUUUUCCCACGGCGUUUUCUACCAGUGUUGUCCUUGCAUUGGCCGGACUGCCUGCAUCCCUAAAGGCAAAACUACCUGUGGCUUGAGUUGUUAUAAACUUUCAGAAAUCCCUUUUAAAGAAGCAGACAUGGGUCGUAAAGAAGCCGAAUUUGACUGGAAGAAGACCACUGACAACAUUCAGGAGGUGUUUGACUUCAUGGAGGUUCUUGGAUCGGGGGCGUUCUCCGAGGUGUUCAUGGUGAAGGAGAGGAAGACAGGCAAGCUGUUUGCCAUGAAGUGUGUGAAGAAGAAGCAGAAGAGUAUUCAGAAUCUGGAGAAUGAGAUUGCCGUGUUGAGAAAGAUCAAACACGAUAACGUUGUUGGGUUGGAGGAUUUCUAUGAAAGUCGCUCUCAUUACUACCUUGUCAUGCAACUCGUUGCUGGGGGUGAGCUGUUUGACCGUAUCCUGGACCGGGGGAUGUACUCAGAGAAGGAUGCCAGCAGGGUCAUCCAACAGGUGCUCCAGGCUGUACAAUACCUCCAUCAGAAUGGCAUCGUACACCGUGACCUCAAGCCGGAGAACCUGCUGUAUUACAGCCAGGAUGAGAGCUCCAAGAUCAUGAUCAGUGACUUUGGCCUGUCCAAGAUGGAGGACAACGGUGUCAUGUCCACAGCCUGCGGCACUCCAGGAUAUGUGGCCCCUGAAGUCUUGGCCCAGAAACCCUACAGCAAGGCAGUGGACUGCUGGUCUAUUGGAGUCAUCACCUAUAUCCUUCUCUGUGGAUAUCCCCCAUUCUAUGAGGACACUGAGACGCGACUGUUCUCUAAGAUCAUGAAGGCACAGUACGAGUUUGACUCUCCCUUCUGGGAUGACAUCUCUGAAUCAGCCAAAGAUUUUAUCCGCAACAUGAUGCAGAAGAACCCGAAGAUGCGCUUCACUACAGAGCAGGCUCUCAGGCAUCCCUGGAUCAUUGGAAAUACAGCACGGAGCCAGGAUAUUUACCACUCUGUCAGUGUACAGAUCCAGAAGAACUUUGCCAAGACCAAGUGGAAGCAAGCCUUUAACGCCACCGUGGCCAUCAAUCACAUGAAGAAGCUGCAGCUGGCCCACUCUGAGCUGGUGGUCAAGGCGCAGACCCUCAACAUGCCUACCAUCCAGGUUAUCGACGUUUCCUCCCCCGCCAAUUCCCACAACCCCCUGGAUCCCGAUAGGCUGGAACCCAAAGGGAACCAAAUUACCCUACCAAUCAGCUCCAGAGACACGAAGAGCCACCAGCCCUUAAAGAUCAGCCAAAGCGAGCCGGCACACGCCCAUACCCUCGCAGAGACGGGCAAAUACGCCUACCACUCUGAGCCUGCGAACCUUAAUACGUACAGGGCAACGGCCAACCGCAAUGGCCAAGUUCUCCAGACUGGAGUGUGCUCUGUCAUGUGAAGGAUCUUUGGAAGGACUUUGCGUGGAAUUUUUUUACUAGGUCAGUCAGCUGACUUGGUCAUGUCUGAUUCCUUCCUGUGGGCCAGCCCAGGCACUGAUACUGACAAGUGGAUUCUCAGGAUGGCCAGUGAGAUCCAGAAUCCGCCCGGGUUUCUGAAAAUAAUUCUGAACAGUGCCUAGAAACCUCCUUGAACACAUUCUGGACAUACUGUACACCGACAGACGUUCACACACAUACAUGUAUAUAACAAGGUAUUCCAUGAUGUCCAGAAUCCCAGGGAAGAGGGGCACUAUGCUCACUAGGGACUGGGCGAUGUAUGUAUUAUACCAUGGAGAAACAAUUAUUCACAUAAGAAUUUGUGUUAAUUUGUGUUGAUGUCAGGGAAAGGUUUGUUUGCGUCAUGAUGCGAUGUGGUGAUGCGAUGUGGAGCAAAGUUGAAAGUUGAAAGACAGCUAAAGAAGAAAUAGGCCUACUGUGUACAUGACUAUAAGACUGAUUUAAGUGGUUGUGCUGUUCCAUGGUGUGGAGAGAUGUUCGAAACAGAAMGCAGGUUUUGAGGUGGAAUAUAUGACCAAGCAGGAUUUUAUCACUGGUGGGGGAAGUUGAUGGGGAGCAUUGAGUAACUAAACAAUAGUGGUAUCCAUGUGCUUACUGUCAACUCAUUACCAGUGUAAAUACCACUCUUAAUGACUUGCCAACUCACCAGCACUCAUAUUAACGAAAGUUGAGAUUGUAAAUCUAAUUUAUCCUUGUGCUGAAGAGAUUUGGAUAAUAUUAUUAUGAUUCUAUUACUGUAUUGAUAAUAUUAUGUCUCCUUUUAAUACAAGGAGGUGAGUUGCUUCUGUCCCAAGCUCAGCGGAGCUUGCUGUUGGUGUUUUGUAAAUAUUCUAGAUUGGGGGMUUUUUCUCUGUAGCUUCAUUGUAAAUAAAUAAAAUAUGUACACAAACAA